AUGUCACAUCCACAACGACGUCGCCGACACUGUUCAUCUGUAGAGGGCGUGAUUAUCCCAUCAUCACUGAAACCAGACGAGCGCGACCUUGCGAUUCGGGUCUUCGAGGACAUUAUCGUGCACUUUGAACCUUUGCAAGCAGCUGACAGCGGCUAUAAACCAGUCACCCUUAUUAAUCUCAUGAAGUGCGAGGUUUCUGAAAAAGACGAGUUUUUGAACCUGUUUUUCUCUUUUAUCCAGCAGGACCUGCUACAGGAAAAACAUGUCGGCAUUGACAAAAUCUUGUCGCACCUAUCGGGUCAAUUCGACUGGUCAGCUGAAAAGAAAAACACGUUAAGCAACAGCCUUAUUACAUUUGCUAAAUUCUUAGUGGACAAUUUCUUCCUACCAUUAAAAGCACUGGCAGUUAAGACUCCCCAACCCACACCGGCGCUCUCAGAUUCCAGAACACCAGAAAAUGCUAUUUCCACCCCACAACGUGUUUCAAAUCUUCGAAGAGAUUGUCUCACCCGUGAUCGUCACCGCUGUAUCAUUAGUCGAAAAUUCGAUGCCGAAGAGGGCCAACGUCGGUAUAAGCGUGAUAAACAGAACCUGAAAGAUGAUGAUGGCAAAUCAUUACUUCUAGAACGCGACAGGAUGGCAUUUUUCGAAGUAGCACAUAUAAUCCCCCACUCUCUAAUGUCGCCAACCAGUGAAGACGGUGAAUGGAAGUUGGUA